CGGGCGGGCCCCUUUGUGACGUCACAAUCAGCUGUUUGGACGUUCUAAUUUCUGAUCUGGUCUGAGAUCAGCAGCAAUAACAGAAAAUAAUAAUAAUCACCCUGAAGCCAGUGGAGGGAGGGUCCGGCCCCAACAGCAGCCGCCUACAGCUUGCAAUGGUGCAUAUCUUCUGAGAAGAACAGACACACCACCACCACCUCCUGCAUCUUUUUUUUUUAAUUUCCAUUUAUAAUGUUGAUUUUAAUUAAAACUACCUCACAGACUGCCUAAAGCUGGUGCUUUACGAUAUUUAAAAAAAUCUUGUGGGUUUCUUGCGGUGUUGUUUACAAAAUAAUUGCUGACAUUAAAGGCAAGGCCUUUGCACUGAAGCCAAGUGAAGAACCUCAUGAUUGCACUAUACAUAACUCGACUCAGCUAAGUUUUCACUAGGAAGGAAGGGGUUUCUGCCCUUCAGAAGGACUCGUCCACCCAGACAGGACUCUCAAGCGUCACUCUCCCACCCGGCACCCACCAGCAACAUCCAUCUCCGUGCUCUGAGGCAGGCACUCGACGCUGGGUUUUUCUUCUCUCUUCCCAUCAAAGCUCAUCUUGGAAACCAUUCCCCAGCCAUGUUCCAACGCCUCACCAGCCUCUUCUUCAGUGACAGCAGCACACCUGAGGGCCUGGAGGAACCCAAACCCUUUGUCUCUGAGGAGGAGGAAGAGGAUGGAUGGCUCAUUAUUGACCUUCCAGCUAGUUACACUUCAGCCCCAAGCGAAGAGCAGCGGGUAGGUGAGAGGGAUUCCGUUUGCACUUCCCAGUCCUGUCCUGGGUCCCCCCCACCUACCACUUCGUCGUCCCACUCACUCAGUGACUAUAUCGGCAGGCCCGUGCCCUCCCAGCCCGACCCCUGCUUGAUGGACGAGAGUUGGUUUGUCACCCCUCCCCCCUGUUUUACUGCAGAAGGCCCCGGCCCCGUCAGGUUGGAGAGCAGCCCCAUGGAGGACCUCUUGAUCGAACACCCCAGCAUGUCCGUCUACGUCACCAGCAACAGCAUUGUGGUGGAAAGGGAGAGCUCUGACGAACCGAUCAGUGAAGGGGACGUGCCUGAACCCCGGCUGGAGCGCCGCACCCCGCACCACCCCACCUCUCUCACGGCAAAAGCUGCCAUCUUGGAGAAGGUCAGCCAGGUCCGUCGGAUCCAGCGGGCAAAGCAGCUGGUGGAGAAGCACAAGCUCAGUCAGAAGGUCAUGCAGAGGCAGAACCGCGCCAGAGAGCGCCACCCCCGGCGGGCCAAACACCAGGGCAGCUUUGUCUACCAACCAUGCCAGCGCCAGUACAACUACUAAACUACUUCAGGAAGUCUGCACCGCGGGGCAUUACCCUUUUAACUCUCAAGCUUCACGUCCCAUCUUGCGAUGCUUUCUCCAGCAGAGGUGUCUUCAUCCUUUCUCUGGAAUAAACCUAUCCCCAUGAGAGACGCUUUUCAAUUUCUUCUGAACUGAUGAUGCUCCACAGCAGAUCCUUGCUGGGCUCUCCUUCGGUUUCACUCCCCUUUUUACACUAGCGUAUACAUUUACUUACCUAUUAUUUUCUUCCUUCUCCACUUCGAUACUUUGCACUCCCCUCCCCACCACUGCAGCUUUUGCUCUGGCACUGAGCAGGAGAGAAAGCCGGCACAUCACCCUCACGUAACCUAAUGACACUGGCUGGGGGACAGCUUUUAAAUGUCAAGAAAUUAUUUAAAAGAAUAAGUGCUAAAGUCUCUGGAAAAACUUGUGUCCAACCAGUUACCCUCGGGAAAAUGAUUCCUGAUGGGAGGUAUUUCCCCAGCUCCCCGACUCCCUCCCCAAUACUUGAGUAAGUUCUUCCAGCUGCUCUUGCAAUGGUUACCUGUAUUUGAAUUCGAGUUUGGUGUUCCCAGUGAAUGCUCUACUUUUCACUAAGCUUAACACCAAUGUUAUGCUGAAUUUAUGGGAGGGUGAAGACGCCCCAUCAUUUCCUUUGUCCCUUGCCGUUAUAUUGGGAGCCUGUGACGUCAGUGCCUUUCUUUAUGACAUCACACUCUUCUCUGUGGAACAGAUUGUGAUGUCACAAAUGGAGAUACCAGAUUCAAAUGCAAACUGGAACAAAAUAACAACAAAAUUGGCCCAAAUUCCAGGAAAAUGUAACAAUUUAUGUGGAAUAAAGACUAUUCCCCCCACCCCCUUUAAAAACUGGAUUGUAUAUUAGAUCCUCUAUGAAUUAACUUGGGAGCUGGGAUUGUGGUAUCACUGAUGAUCCUUACUUGCAUGCUUUUAUUAUCUAGCUGUCUGUUCAGAGGUGCCAUGCUGGAGUAAAGGGAACCCUGCUUGAGCAUCUCCUAGCAAGUAUUUAAGGCCUGAUUUUCAGAAGUGUUGAGCACCGACAACUCCAACUGAAAUCCGUGGGAGCUGCAGCUACUGAGUGCUUCUGGAAAUCAAGCCUGUGCAGUAUUACUGUAGCCCUUAAUUCCCCACAGCCUUUUAAAAAGAGUGCAAAGUCCAUUUUAUUAUUCCGGUGCUUUCAGGUUACAGUCGGGUGUCUUACAAUAUGUUUGGCCCACCCCUCCAAACAGCUUUGCUUAAGGGACAAGUGUCAAAGCUCUAAGCAGAUUAUUGCAUGUGGAACACAGGGCAGAGAUCAGGUGGUCUUUAGAAAGGCUGAACAAAUCUGCCUCAUGAAAUGGUCAGGAACAUUCACCAGCUUAGGCAAAAAACAAGAAGAAACAAAUCCCGCAAUGACUUACUUGCAUUUUACAAUGACGAAGCCCUUAAAAAGCCCUCAUCCAUUCGAAUAAAGAAUUCUCAUUCCAGGCAACAGGCUGGGCAGAAGCCUGUGGGGGUGCAUUAUCUGAUUGGUUGUAAACACCAUAUUAGAUCUUCAGAGCCAAUGGUUGAGCAAUGAACAAGGAGGCCUACCCCCUAGACUGGGUUGUCAUUUCCUCGGUCUGUCCAAAUCACUGGAUUUCUGGCAAAAGGCUCUCCCUGGUCUCCGCUGGUUUUGGUGCCCCGGGGAAGCCAGUGAUCUGUACAUGUCCAAACAGGUCUUGGUGUUUUCUAUUUUCAGUCAAAAUCUGGGCCCUCGGAAAACAAACCCGCAAAGCAGCAUUGUGUAAAUCCCACUACCUCCAAGGAGCUGUUAGAGGAGCCACUCCCAGCAGACAGGUCUAGCCUCAGUGGAUGAUGAUACUUCUUGAGCAUGGUCCUAAAGCUAGUGGUUGGACAUAACCCAUCACUCAAACCCCCAGGCGUGAGAAUUCUCCUUCACGCUGGUAUAACAGCCUGUGGUUUGCUGCCCCAUCUAGCGUUUGGGAGGACAGUGCAGAAAGGGGCUUGUGCAAUAGUCACAGAGGUGGUAAAGUAUGUCGAAGCUGGUAGCGAAAGGAUGUGCAACAAGAGAGGAAGCGAGAGAGAUUGGGGACAAAAGAAAGGCAGGAGGAGAGAGGCAAGACAAGAAACGAGGAUGGAAACUGGAGCAGUUGAGAGGGUACAAGCCCAAGGCCGAGAACUGUGUAGCGCAGAACUUGUGCCUACGUGGAUGGAAAAACACACAAGUCCCCCAAAAAGAGGUAUAUAUGGCAGCUCCCCUAUUCCCCUGUUACAGGCAGGCCUAACGCUCGCUAGUCUGAUAGUCCCUACAGGACUAUAGGGAGUUUCCGAUGGGAAAUAAAGUUCCAGGCGUUCAGCCCAGUUGAGGAAUUUCUUCUCUGUAGUCAGAAUGGGCUAAUAGAUAACCCCCGGUUAACUGCACUAAAGAUUGUGCCCUGUGUCAUGAAUAGCCAUAUUCAUCCCUGGUGGUUUUAAUGCUGCUACACCAGAGCUGGGUUUGGCCCAACAUGUUUAUCCUUAAAAGGCCACUGUCAAGAUAUAAAAAAUUGUACGUUAAUAAUACGCGAUUAGUAAAACCGCAAAGCUGUCUGAAAAUCACUUUCCUCCAUUAAUGCUCUUUAUUUACUGCUUGCACUUCACUCCCUGGGGGAACGAAACUAGGCUGUCCACAGGCAGGCUCCCGUUCCCAUUUGCACAAUGCUGUUGAGUUUGAGUUUCCACCAUGCAAGGCCAUGUUGAGCUACAAAAAUAAACCACUUUCACUGGAAUUUCUUCUAUAAACCAUUAUUCAGACCUUUACCUUCAUAGUAGGUUUUGUGAAAUUGUGUUUUUAAAAAUAAUUGUAAACAGUGGGCCUCCACCAUGUGAGCGCCGCUUUUAAAAUGUCUAAUAAUUGAGCUCUUGAGACUUUUGAGAGGAAAUAAACUUACAAUUAGCAGCCUCCAGGAAUGGAGGCUAACAGAUCUGGUUAGCCCGGAGAAUGGCUACUAUAAUUUUGCCUGCAGGAUCUAGCUAAAAUGCAGGUGCCAUGGGAGCCUCUAAAAAUACAGAGAUAAAUGGGAUUAUUUUAAAUAUAUUUAAUAUUUGUUGUUCUUCAGUGUAAUCAACCAUUGUUUGAAACAGCCCUACUGCCUCUAUAACUCUCCCAGUCUGGCUUUUGUAAAAUUCUGCACAAGACCAUUAUUAGUGUCUCCAAACACAAAGCCCUGCUGCCCUCAUGACACUACUGAACAGAAAGUUCUCACACAGCAUGGAAAUAAAUUCUAACCCGCCUAGAGAAAUAAGAGCAGUGCCUGGCAAAGAUUAAAAAACAGUAACAUCAUCCUGUAUUAAUGGAAAAGACGCUGCAGGCAGCUAUAUCUGAUCGAAUCAUUGGUGACUCUAGUAACUAGAGAUAACUCCCAACCAAUAUGCUGGACCUGAACUCCUCCCCCACCCCCAGCACACACAAACCUUGUUGAUGUUCCAGCUGGCUCUGAGCUCUGUAGCUUGGGCCCAUCUCUAAUAGGAACCUGAUUUUUAGAAUCUGAUCCCUCCUUUCAUUGAAGUCAAGGGCAAAAUUCCCAUAUUGCUAGGAUCAGCUGUUUGUUCCUCUUUGCUUUUGCACCCUUGUCAGCAUCUGGAGAGGCAGCCGAGCUCAUGUGCACAGAUCUCUUGGCAAGACGGUUUAACAGCAGUUAAGAGAAAGAGAGAGAACUUGAAAAGCCAGUGUUAUUUCCUAUGGUCUGGAUGAGCCCCACCCCUGUCUGUUGUUUGAUACCAGCUCCACAUUGUCUCCACGUGUUGGAGCAGGCAGUGGUGUGAUAGAACUUCAUCUGCUCACUGCUGAAGGUCCCACCAGGAGUGUGUUAAAGAUGGCAACACGUCUAUUAUUUCAUUUGCAGCCAACUCCUUACCAGAGACUGGCAAUGUCUUGACUUGAUGGGACAUUUACAGCCAUUCACAUCCUUGGUUUUCUAUUAAAUGCCUUUUUCUCAAGUGAGCCCUGAUGCAAGUUGGGACUGGUGCAUUUUACAUGAACGCCGACUCAAGUUCCUGCAGAGGUGAGGAGGAGCUAUUUCCUAAACUCGUCAAUGUCCAUGUCAGGGUUAAGAAUUUUUUAAGCAGCAACAUAGGAACAGGGUUAAAUUUUGGAUGCUCAUCAAGUCUCCGCCCCCCGCAUCCCCGGUUCAGUUCUCCUUUCCAUAGGCUGUUUGGUCAAACUGUUCUGCAGCAUUAGGCUGUUUCAUGCACAUAAGGUGGCUUUAGAGGGAGAUUUCCUUGCUGGAGCAGACACCAAUAAAGAGCUGUAUGAGGUCAGUAAUUUUCUGCCUCCCGGUCAGCUCCCACCUGUUACAGUUACACAGUUCUACACCUCCACUUACAACAUGCCUCAGGCACCCUGCAAAUGACAGUGAUGUCACAAAUUUAACAUGAUGAUGUCACCCAUGCCCAGAGCCCCCAUAACACUUGUGAUAUUUGGAGCUGACCAUUGUGUCUUGCAGAUCAAACAGGUGCCAAAUGGCUGCGAGAGAGAGAGAGAGCGAGCAAAGCUUCCUAGAAACACAAAUUGCUUUGGGGAAUGUUACUCACCUUGUACAUCUUACAAUGCGUGUGUCUGCUAAGCUGCUCCCAAGCAUUUCUCCCAGUAGGAGAAGUCCCUCUUUAAAAGCCUCCCAGCCUCGCUAAUUGUCCAGGACAGUGAGAAGCAAAAACUACUCAAUUAGGACUUGAUCCAACAGCAAUUGAAGUCAAUGGCAAAGCUCUAGUCGCCCUCAGUAGUGCCGGCCAGGGCCCUUAAGUGCUGUUAAAACAGAGGCACUGAGUCCAAUAGCCCAACUGCCCGUUUCAGUGGUGGUUCAUUUCUAAUAUUUAAAGUUUUAUUUUUUUUUAGAAGGAGAAUGCAAGGAACUUUGCUUGGAUGUCAUCGUUCUGCACAACUGCAUCAUGUUAUCCCUAGUCAGCAGGGGAAACCAAGCAAAACUACCAUCCCACUUUAUAUCAAGAGUUUAGAAAGGGUUAAUCAAUGAUUGAUAAUGUUUUACUGAAAGGUCAAAUCAUUGUUAGACAGGUCACUAGGUUACUAUUACCAUGGCUUACAAGCAUCUAAAACACAGACUGUCCUCAACGUAAUCAUUUAUUAACCCUUUAUAAGCUGAUUAGAAAUGCACCUGCUAUCAAGUGUGACCAAACAGCUAAUGCUGUGACAGAGGUGUGUUCACACUGUGCUUGGAGGCGAUCACUAGAAGUACUGGUCUGCUACCAAAUUUCCUGUCCUAGUUCUUUAACGAUCAACCAGAGCCCGUCACGCUGAGGUUGGAUGGCUCUCCUUUUAUCUUAAAGCAAACAAAAGGUGCUUAAAACACAGAAUCUUUGGGUGCCCGUGUGUAAAUAUUUUAAAAACACAGAGUGGCUGUACGGUGUUGAUUUUGGUUUUGCAUUCAGUAUUUCCAGUUUGUGGUUAGUUGUGUGAUGCUCCCAACUGAAAGGUUAAACAAACAAACUAACCUGUGGCUGGGAGCGUGUUGUUCUGAUCUCCUACUUUAAUGGCUAUGCGGAGUUUUCAAUUUCUUUUUUAUUUGUGUAGGGGAAAUUACAGCGUGGACUCAGGGACAAACACGUGCAUUGGGAUCUUUAAAAGUGCAUAUUUCAGAACAUUUGAUUCUGAUGCGUUCUUUUAUUUCCUGGGAGGCUGUGGAUAUGAAUCUGCACGUCCUAAAGGAAUCUGUGAAACCUAGUGAGAUGUCUUUUUAUUUUCUUAGCAUGAAUUGCUAGUAUCAGCUGCCUUCUGGACGAGGAAAAGGAUUCGACUGGCACCAGUGUAACUGUGUAACAGAUUUAAAGUUAGCAGUGUCCACUUACUAGCUACGGGGCCACCCAGGGGCACACCCACCUCACUCAUGUGGGUCCCAGGAAUCACAUGGAAAUUGUUGAAAUACAAUUUAUUCCUCCUCUAGGCCAGCGUUAUUGGAAAUAUCUAGCUAGCUAUUUUUAAGGAAUAUGUUUUGAGAGGGCAUCAAAGCCCCCAAGGGCUUGGGGGCAAUGCCAAGAUCUUGGAGGCAGAGCUAACAACAGAUCUGUGCUCCACACGAAUCACAAACUUGAGCUAGAUCUUGCUCCCAGCGGAGUCAACGGGAGCAGGAUAGGGCCAGGCGGGUGCAAAAUGGUUUGGAAAAAGUGCGUUGAGAGUAAGAAGGGGGCAGGGGAGGGAGCACUGCGACGGUUGUUCGCGCUCUCAGGAAUAAUGUCAUUUCUGAUUUUUUUUUUUUAACAUUAAAAAAAAAAAAAGGCACCGGGUGGAAAACAAAGUCCUGGGGGCACAUCUGUUUAGAAAGCCAGGUGGGCUUGGCUCUUGCUUUCUCAGCGGGCUAAUGUUGAGGCCACGGCCAGCAUGGGCAGUGUAAUGGAGUAGAUCUUCUAAUAACUCUUGCCCAUCUUUAGAGCAUAGAAGCCAGAUCCCUGCGAGGUACUAUCCCCCCACACACACACACACAUGACCCAGGAGAGCGCUCACAGCCAGUCAGGCUCUAUACGAGGGGAGGGGCAGACUGCAGGGAGGAGCCAGGGGGAUGACUGUCAUUCUCCCGCCACCUGGGUGGAACUUGCAUGGAAAGAGCAACAUGGCGCCAGGCGAGAUUAUCUCUUCUGCAGAGCUCCUCUCCAGGGGCCAGAGCCAGGGGGGAAAUAUAACCUCUGCCUGGCUGACCCUGCCUGCCUGUGGAUUCUCCCACAAUCGGCCUGGUGCAGAAUCAGAACCCACAUCCUCUGCCAUGCAGCGGUAAAUUCCGCCCUUCUUAGUUGCAGGGGGUGAGGGAACCGCUUCGCCCAUAAACACCACUGACCCUGCUUUUUUGAAGUCAACAAGAGGUUGGCUUCAAUGGGGGCAUGGGCAGCCCGUGAGCACAAAGCUGGGGGAAUGCCCCCCUUUUGUUUUAAAACAUUUAUGUAGGGCCAAGUCUGAAGCCACAUAUUCUAGCAUUCUGCAUAGAACACCAACACCCCCCGAAGCAGCCCUAGUUAAGUGAUCCUGGUUCAGGGGCUGAAUUCAAAAGCGGGUCACAGCAGCCCACUUAGUCCUUGAUCACAAACACACAAGCCGUCCAUGAUGCUAGACUCUGCCUACUGCAUUUUGGCCGGGUUUCAUUUGCAUUUAAAGGGUGACGAGGAGCGCUGCUGGGCGACAAGCUGGGUGCCAUGGAAAGCACACCUGCCAGCAGAGCUGCCCUUGAAAUCCAGCCCUUCGAAACCAGCACCUACAAGUACCACUUCCGAGAGGCACCCACGCUGCUGGGAAAGCCCAGCCUUGAGGAAAGUCAAUUCGGUCCAGCAGGGCCCCUUUCUUUUAAUAUUGCAAAGUACAAAUUUAGGUAUGUAGUUCAUCCCAAAGCUCCUCGCUUUAGGAACCUGUUAUUUCUCUUUGUAUAUUUUAAAACCGUAUGUAGCUGUGUGUGGAGCAGUUUCCUUUUCUCCAAGUCCCAGGGGGGAGGAAAUCCAUUAGUGUGUUUGAUGAAGGCCAUGCACAGUACCAAACUCUCCUGCGAUGUAAAAAGCCCAUGUUUGCAAGAGCACAGGGCUAGGAUAAUUCCCCGCCCAACUCCCUUGCAUAGAUUGGGGCUGAAAUUGGUGGUUUCCAGUUAUGGAAGAGGUGUUUUUUUUUUAACAAAUGAGCAUGGCCGAUAUUUGUUAUUUAAUAAAUAGACAAAUAUGACUGCAGUGAAAAGUGAAGGUUCAGCAAUGGUCACUCUCCUUGAUAGUGGUUCUCCACCAUUUCCAUAAUGUAACGCUAUAUUACAACAGAAAAAAGCUUUGGGACCCAUCUAGCUAGUUCUCUCUCUCUCUCUCUCACACACACACACACACCUCUGUUGGAGAGCCCCAGGUUGAGCACGGAUGCUUUAAAAUAAGAUGGGAGACAAGUAUAUGUCUGGAUGAUGCAUCUACUCCCCCAAGCUCUGAACUUCUCCAGGAAUGUGACCAUUCUUUCAUGGCAUGGAUACCUAACAGUACAAAGAAUAGUACGAUGCCAUUGUCUGCACUAAUGGCGCACCUCACGCUGUAAUCAGUUAGUUACUUUUUCUUUAAACAGAUUGAAUUUGAAAAGGAGGAAGAGAAGUAAAACUGCUUGAGGUCAAGGAUGUGGAAUUUCUUCUGUAUCCCUAGGGCACCUUUGGAACCUCUUCUGUAGACUCUCUGGGCCUCCUUCGCCUCGCCCACCGUUUUUAACUCCACUGACCUCUCUCUGGCCAAUUUGACUCCCAUGUAGGAUCAAAGUCAGGCCAACCAUCGUCUUUUCUCCUUUAGUUUCAGGUGCCUCCUCUAUGCCAUUCUAGAAGAACCUUUGCCUAUUACGCAGUUUGGUAUGUUCACCUCCGUCCGUUUCUCCUGCAGCUGUUCCUGUGAGCUGUCAGAGAUACAGCCAUUCUAUGAACACCUCCUUGGCCCAGCUCUCAUUCCACUGAACUGCCUGGGAGUUUUGUCAAUGGGAGGGGGAAUAGGGAGAUUAGAAAAAAGUCUAUUUAUAAAUAAAAAUGGGGAGGGGGAGAGGAGGAAGUGCUCUGGCAUGGUUAGUAAAUCACUUUUGUUUUGACGUGUGAGAGUUUUGUGAAUCCUCGUAACAGAGGAGAUGCUGCCUCCCCCUUCUGCUCACCCCCAAAAAGGCAGCCUGGCACCUGGAGCAUGCAACAGCGGGCAGCUCUUGGAGUGCAGAAGUGAAAGGGUGACAGCACUCUCGCCAGUCAGAAACACAGGGUCGGAUUUUUAAAGGGCCUCACUGUAGCCUCCGGCUUUAUGCCCUUGAUGCAGGCACAAAAAGGCUCUUUCUAAAAAGUUAGCUCACGAAAUUUAAUUUAAAAAACAAAUCCCACAUUUUCCUCAAAAAAAUGGUUAUAAAAAAAGGGAACGGCUCCAUCUAGUAUCCAAGCUGAUGCUGACUUAUUCCUUCUUUGCUCAAUAAACAGCUGCAGCUUCAAGUUCUUUACACCUCCCUACCCCCUUUGUUUACAAGGAGGUAGAGGAUGUGGGUUAGCACCUGAUGAAACAUUCAGCCCGUACCCGUCUAAACCCACUUGGGCAACACCAACUUCCCUAAUAAUAGGUCUGCCUGAUUAGGCUCUGAGAUAUGUCAGGCUCAUUGUUCUAGCUCAGCACGUGCUCUUCUCCACACUAGCUGCCUGCAACUAGUGGCUCUUCGGUCAGAGGGAGUCUACACUAGCCCCCAUCGUUACCGCCAUUGCCACUGCUCAGCCGUCCUACAUGGAGAUUCAGACUCUGGGUGAAAGCCUGGCUCCACUGAAGUCAAUAGCAAAACUUCCUUUGACUUCAAUGGAGUCAGGCUUUUACCCUUUAUCUCCAGGGUGUGGGAGAUCCUAUUCCUUGUAGGGAGAGGGGGAAAAACCACCCUACUAGCAUGUAACUUGUAUAGGGUCCACCUGUAUGAGAAACCCCAAACGUCUUUGCUGUUCCAACUCCUUCUUGCCUAACAGUGAGCGGGGGAGCAAAGCUGACCAUAAAUACAAACUAUUUUAAACACCCAAUUCUCACUACAAACAACUUGUAUCUAAUUCACUUUUGUGCUUUCAAAAUCCAGCUUUUACCCUUCCUGAGACAAAGGUACAGCUCACACUGUAACAGCAACAUAGUAAUAUUCUUUUCUAUUGUAUCAGAACUGUAUCUGUAACGUAGCAUUUGAGUGUUGCAAUAUUUUGUGUAUAUAUAUCUCUCAACUCCCACAACUAGGUAUUAUACUCAUAAUACUCUCCUAUAUGCAUUAUACCUCUUCAUAGUGUAUUGACUGUGUAUGUGCCUUUCACCCCUUUGCAUGGUUUGGUAACAAAUUAGGGAACCAUAGUUAAAGUCCUAUGCAAAAAACGACUGGGAAUUUAAAUUACAAAAAAAAUUCUGCAGCUGUAUGUUAUUGUG